UCAAGAGUAAAUUCUGGUAAAAUAGGAAAAUGAUAAAAUGGAUAAAUUCUGGGUCAGGAGACCCAAUUUGAGCCGUUAAUUGCACUAAUUUCUCUACACAUUUUAAAUUUUAAUCUAAAAUAAAAAGGCGUAAAAUGUCUACUGAGACUGUGGUUAGUACGGAGAUAUCUCGGUCAGGAACAGGGGAUUUAGAAAACGUUGAUUUGUCCACUUUAUUUCUCUACUUUAGCGAGGGGAAAUUAACAAAUAAAUCAGAAUUUUCAGACGAAGAGAUUAAGAAUUUGUUCUCUAAAUAUUCCAAGAGCUUUCCGGACAAUGAGAAGGUCUACGAGGUUUUCGCCUCAGUUUUCAGCUCCAGAGGCCUUUUUGACCUUUCCAGAGCUUGUUUAUAUACCAGAGUUUACUUACUUAAAAGAGACUCCCAAGCCUAUAAAGAUAACUUGGAAAUGCUUAAAUUGGUUAACGAAAAAGCCGUGGAACAGGUUUUAAUACUGCCAAAAAGCUUCCUGGAUAACCUUUUUUCAAGGGAAAAUUCAGUAAAUUUUAACACCUGGAAGUCGAAAAUGGCCUACACAGAAACUUCAUCACAUCUUUACUCAACUUUCGAAGGAAAUUAUCCGUCCAACACUGCGUCAAAUUUGUCCAAUUGUGUGUCACGUUCAAAUGUGUCAGAUAGUGUCCCAAUUUCAAAGAGUUUGCUGAGGCCUGGAGAGUUGAUUUUGAAGUCAUCUCCGAUAUCCGUAGCGCCUUGGAAUAUUUAUAGUGUCCCCUCAGACCCCUUGUUCAUGUGUGAACGUGUGAGAUCUUGUUUCCACUGUUUAAAGGUGAGAUUGAUUUCUGAGGUUAGAAUUGCGUGUCCAAAACAUCCCUGUGAGUGUAAUUAUUACUUCUGUUCUACGGAGUGUUUUCUUAGAAACGGAGCAGUUCACGAGCUGGAAUGUGAGCAGUUACCAAAACUAAACAAAUUCUCAGAGCAUUUCCUGAACCCUUCUUUCGUACUUUUAGUCGCCAGAACACUAAUUAAGUGCAGAUUAAACAUGACAAACACCGCCAGAGUCUCUGAUAUACACAGGAAAUUGGACAAUAAUUCUCUAUUAGAUGUAAUACUAAGUUAUCAAAUUAAUGAUAUAAAUGGUCAAAGAUUGCGAAAUUGUAUAGAAGAAAUGGAGAGAUUUGCUUUGUUUCUGUUGGAGGAGUUGGGGUUUGACUUUUGUCUGCACUUGACGACGAGGGAGUUAACUCAUUUUAUCCUCGUCGUCUGGGUCAACAGUGUUCCGUUCACAUCUUGUCUCAACUUAACCAACGGACAGGUAAUUGGCGGCUCCUUUUUUACCCUAAAACUCAAGUUCAGACAGUCUGAAACACCCAAUUGCGUACUCCAUUUUGACGACGGAAAGUUUACCGUAAGAUCGAUUUAUGAGAUUUCUAAAGGAAACGAACUCACAAUUAACACUCGCAUUGAUAAGUAUACCCCCGUAAUUAAGCAACUGGAUCACUUCUGGUCAGUACAGUUUUUUACACCAGAAAUUCAGAAUUUUGGCCCUACAGAAGUCAGUGCUAUAAGAUGUAAAAAGUGUAUCCAAGGCUUUUGUUAUCCGAAAAUUGACAAUAUCUCAGAUCACAACAAUUCUAACUCUGUGAAUGAGUGGCACUGUGAAACCUGUGGCGAGGUUAACUCUGAAGAGUUAAAUCUACUCCAAAACAAGGCCGAGGGGAUAUUUACGGAAGCCCAAAAAUUGUAUUUAAAGAGUGAAUUCCUAAGGGCAAAAUCUGUUUUACUGGAUUUCAUAAGCAAAUGGUCUGGAGUGUUACAUUUUGCGCACUAUUUGUUAUAUAAUUCUUAUCUUAUUCUUGCUGGGAUUUUGAAUAGGCCUGGAAGUAUCACAGAGUCUUUAACUUACUUAACAAGAGCAAUUAUUGCUGCUGACAAGGUUCUUCCAAAGGUAUGCCAUGAAAAGGCAUACCUUUACGAUGUAUUUGCAGAUUACUUACUUAAGCUUAAGACACACGUGAGAAUCAGGGGACCAGAAUAUGACAGAAUUAAACGUGUGAUUAUGAACUCGUUGUACAAUGCGUUGUGGAACUGGGUUGUAAUCUCCGGUACAAAUUCCUUCAACUCAAUCUCAACAAUGCAAAAGUGCAGGGCUGUGGCAUUUUCACUCAAUAUCCAUACGCCCCCAGUAGGUAGAAAGUUUGUAAUUAACUUACCAAUCAAGUAUGCAGAGCUUGUUAAGUUUGCCACGGGGCAUAAAGUUCAAUCUGAUCUUAACACCUCGGACGUGGGAACUAUGGCGUUUACCGCAGCCCAGGGCCCUGAGUUUAACGAUACAAUUGUCCAAGUUCUGACCAGUGUGGACGCUCUUGGGAUUAGACAACUGGGCACAGGACUCUCAGUACUCGGAAUUGUAGCCUCAAAUUUGAAUCUCCCGUUCUUCACAGCACUGAUUAAAUCACACUACAACUUUGCUAAAUCACUUUUAAACAUUGAUAAUCGUUUAGACAGUAAUAACGGGGGUUUAGACACUGUAAAUGGUGAUUUAAACGCUGUAAAUGAGAGUUUGGACACUGUCAAUAGUGUGAAUAGUGUCAACAAUGUAAAUAUGUGUAGAGAGGAGCAACUGAUGAACAUUUUGCAUAGUAUAUUUGGCCCUAACGAGGUUGGUGUAAACUUGUUAAUCAUCUUGGCAUGUUUUUUACACACCAAUGCCCAGUGUAAUUCUGAUGUUCUGGGAACAGAAACUGUCAUGGCCAAAGUGUUAUUUUCAUACUCCGAAAAGUUCAAAACUCUUUUAUCACAAUUUAAAUCUUCCAAAAUUGUUUCUAUUGAGUUUGACACAACGUCACAUAAUUUGUUAGAGGUGAAUAAUACAACUGCUGAAAUCUUGGGGUGUCAAACCGCCCUGCACUAUGCGAGUUUCAGGGGUAAAAACUUGUUAGCAGAGUUUCUACUGAGGAAAGGAGCUUUGGUAAACUGUAUGAACCUGGACGGCUCAACGCCGUUACAUUUAGCCGCGUUUAACGGGCAUUACGCAGUAGCUAAAACUCUUUUAAACCAUAACGCAACUGUUUCCGCCAUGCUAAAAUCUGGAGAAACGCCACUACACAUGGCCAUCUACGGCCUACACAAACAAGUUGUUACACUACUAUUAGAACACACAAACCCCGAUCCCUUCCAUAAUAGUGUAAACAUUGGGGAGAACAGAAUAAAUAGUGUAAAGAAUGUGGAGAAUGUGGAGAAUGGGAUUGGUCCGACAAUUUGGCAUGCGUUGGUGUGUGGUAUAUUUCACGUGAAGUCUGAUUUACGGUGUAAAAAUCCGAUUAAUCCGUUGAUUGUUGAGUUAGUGGAAAGAUUAGCGAGGGGAUUGGAAGUGGUUAAAAUAUUACUCAGUCACGUGGGACUGAGUGGUAAAGUUUGGGUCUGGUGUGGUUACUUACCAUCACAACUACUCCUCAAGCUUUGGGAUAAUUUGCUCGAAAAUGCCUCAUUGUUCUCUUUUCCCAAACACAAACCCACUUUAUACGUAGUCUCAAGGCUAAAUGGCGUUAUCGAAAGGGAUCUUAGGGUCUUAACAGGCACUAACCCAGACAAAACCGCACCCAUCGGAUCACCACAACAGAUUAAUCAUCUUAACAAGUAUAAUCACGUUAAAGAGUGUGAACAAGUUAAGGAGUGUGAAGAGUGGAAUGGUAGAAAUGACUUGGCAUUUGGCGCCUUGAGGACGUUCCAGUUCCUGUUACACAUUCUCAAAUCCAUAGAGGAAAGUUAACAUAGCCAUAGAGGAAAGUUAACAUAGCCAUAGGGGAAAGUUAACAUAGCCAUAGGGGAAAGUUAACAUAG